CGUUAGUGAGACGCGUUGGACCCCGGGCCUUCUUAAGCUUCUCAAGCUUCUCAAGCUUCUCAAGCUUUUAAUGUCCCCGCCCUUCCUCCAUCCUCCUUCACCACAAAUCCGAGGUCCAUAGGGGAUUCCACGCCCAAAGGAAAAAAAAAAGAAAAUGGCCAAAGACGCGACAGCGGUCGAACCGACGGCCUCUCAUGGCGAGAAGCCGGUGUCGGCUCAGGAGGCAGUGAGCUCGACGCCGGAGGACGUGAAGAUGGAAGACGCUACCGCGACCAAGGGUGGCCGUCGCAGCUCGGUCGCCCUCAAUGUUAUCGAGAAUCCGCUUACUCGCGUUUCUUCGGAGCAGGUUGUCGCCGACGCCAGGCGAUUCGCCGAGGAACAUGGCAUGGCCGAGCACGUCGAUAUUUUCGGGCGUGGCGCCCUCGUCGCCCGCGACAUGGAUAACUUCGCGAGCGUCCCCGGCCUCACCGAAGAGGAGCUCGCAGCCCUGGAAUAUGAGAAGGCUCACAAAUGGCACGGCACCUCCUCGCUCUGGUACGCCAUCGGCUUGUGCGCCAUGGGCGCCGCGACCCAAGGCUGGGACCAAACUGGUACCAACGGCGCCAACCUGACUUUUCCCCAGUCGCUCGGCCUCGAUAUCGAAAAUUCGGCCACGGACCAGUGGAUUCAGGGUCUCAUCAACUCCAUCAUCUUCCUGACAGCCGGUCUUAUUGGUGCCUUUAUCGUCGAUCCUCUGAAUAAAUACUUUGGUCGGCGCGGUGAAAUCUUCAUCACCGCUGUCUGUCUCACCCUUACCCCGAUCGGAUCUGCCUGUGCACAGUCUUGGCAGGGCCUCUUCGCAGCCCGCUUCGUGAUGGGCAUUGGUAUUGGCGCAAAGAACGCGACUGUUCCUAUCUACUCGGCCGAGAUGGCUCCGGCCCGCAUCCGUGGUGCUCUCGUCAUGUUCUGGCAGCUUUGGGUCGUUAUCGGCAUCUUCCUCGGUCUCCUUGCCAAUAUCGCCGUCUUGGGCGUCGAAGACAACCUCGAGUGGCGUCUACAGCUCGGCUCUGCCUUUAUCCCCUCGUUGAUCCUCGCCGUCGGCAUCUACUUUUGUCCCGAGUCCCCGCGUUGGCUCAUGAAGCACGGCAAACAGGCCGAGGCAUUCCGCUCCAUGUGUCGCCUUCGUGCACACAACAUCAUCGCCGUCAGGGACUACUACUACUCCUGGAUCAUCUACGAGGAGGAAGCCCGCUUGGCCGCCGGCUCCACCUACUUUACCCGUCUCUGGGACUGCUUUGCCGUCCCUAGGAUCAGACGCUCCAACUAUGGUGCCUCGACGGUCAUGAUUGCCCAGCAGAUGUGUGGCAUUAACAUUAUCUCUUUCUACAGCUCCAGCAUCUUCGAAAACGUCGGCUACUCGCCGCACGACGCCCUUUAUGCCUCUCUCGGCUUUGGUGCCGUUCAGGUCCUCGCUACCAUUCCCACCCUAUUCCUGAUUGAUACCAAGGGGCGCCGCACUCUCUGCAUGAUCACGUUCCCAUUUAUGUGUGUCUUUUUGCUUGCAGGUGGUCUCUCUCUGCUCAACCCCAGCGAAGACAGAGCAGCCAAACUCGGCCCGGUCGUUUUGUUCGUCUAUCUCUUCACGAUUGCCUACUCGCUAGGCGAAGGACCGAUUGCUUUCCAGUAUUCCGCCGAGGUAUUCCCUACCAUUCAGCGUGAGCAGGGCAUGGCCUGGGCCGUGUGCAUUAACAACACCUUCGCCGGUGUCCUUGGUCUUACCUUCCCCCGUAUGCAAACCGUCAUGACUCCCACCGGAGCUUUCGGGUUCUACGCUGGCCUGAAUCUUAUUGCCUGGUUCAUGAUCUUCUGCUUUGUGCGCGAAACCAAGCAGCUUACCCUGGAAGAAUUAGACCAGGUCUUCUCCGUCCCGACGAGCCAGUUCAUUAGCUACGAGCUCAAGGUUACCAUACCUUACGUCUUCAAGCGGCACAUCCUCCGCCAAAACAUCCCCAAGCCCGCUCCGCUCAUGGAGAAGAGCGCCCACAACACCGAGUCGAGCUCGGCCUAAUGAUCCAGGGGAACACUCAAUGAUGGAUUUCCUUCUGCGUGGUGUGUUGUGGUUAUACCCGGCUCGCACGUCAGUGCAGCUGUAAUUGUUUGGUCGGUUGGUCCAGGUUGGCUCCUAUUCGGGGCUUGCAUCAGGAGUUCCACUCCUAGAUUUGUAUGUUAGAAGGGCCUCCUCCUGGUUAAGGUUACCUUAACCCAAGAGCCUAGCUUUAUCUUAAAGGCCCUCUGGCAAACUCGCAAUGCACCUUCUUCCUCAUUAA